AUGACACAUGAGCAGCACAUGACCGGGAGCGCUGGGAGCGCUACAGCCGCUACGUCAGGGGCGAGCGCAACGACGCGGGAGAGCCGGCGUCUCGUCACGCGGCGGCAGAUGUUGGCGCUCUGCGUCUCGGCCGCCACGGUGCUCGGCCUCUCAGUCUUCGCCGAGGAGUUCUUCAGCCACUUCAAAGGGGUGGGCGAGGAGGACGACGACGAUGUGCACGUCGGCCGCACUAACGAGCGGCGGGUGGCGGCGUACUUCAAUCCGGCCACCUCCAGGUGGGAGCGCAUAGUGCCCCCCUUCGUGCCCCCAGCUCCCGCGGAGCUGCUGCGGCACUACGGCGACCUGGAUGACGACGAUUUCGACGAAGCGCAGGUGGCGGCGGCGCUUCCAAAACGCGAGUUCGUGGUGAUGGAGAGGCCUUUCAGUCAGACCUACCGGCCGACGUUGCUCUACGACACAAGGUCGGGAAAAUUGGUGGUGUUCCGAGAUUAG